AUGGCAGCUGGCGUCGUUGUGAACGUCCACAACAACGACGAUGAUGUCCCGACCGAAGGUUCCCGCACUUACGCCAUUAUUGUGUGCAUCUUUGCCGCUCUCGGCGGGCUCUUCUUCGGCUACGACCAGGGCGUGACCUCGGGGGUGCUCAUCAUGGACUCGUUCAUCAACGACUACUGCGUCGGCUGGCACAACUUCACGUACGAACAGUGCACGUCCGCGUCGUCCAAGCUGCCCACGGAGUGGACAGGCUUUACCGUGUGGUACAACAUGACGUACAACCUCGGGUGUCUCGGUGGAGCCUUUGUGGGCGGCUUUGUCGCUGACAAGCUAGGGCGUCGCUGGACUAUCUUCACGGCGGGUUUGCUCUUCUGUAUCGGCACUUCCUGGGUUUGCUUCAACAAGGCGCACGAGCAUGGACUCAUGUACAUUGCCCGUGUGAUCCAAGGCUUUGGGGUGGGCAACUCGUCCUUCUCACUGCCGCUCUUUGGUGCAGAAAUGGCCCCCAAAGAGCUCCGUGGUCUGCUCUCGGGGUUCAUGCAGAUGACUGUCGUCAUCGGUCUUUUCUUGGCCAAUGUUGUCAACCUCAUUGUCGAGCACCGUGACCGUGGUUGGCGUACGACCAACGGCGUGGCCAUGGCUGCCCCUCUCGUUGUCAUGAUGGGCAUCUUCUUUGUACCUGAGAGUCCUCGCUGGACGUACCUGCACAAGGGCAAGGAGGAGGCAGAGAUAGAACUGAAGCGCCUUCGUCAGACUGAGAACGUCGAGCGCGAGCUUGAAGUGAUCGGCGCUCAGGUUGCCGAGGAAUUGGCGGCCGACAAAGGACUUCGGGAACUGUUGGAGCCAUCCAUUCUGAAGCGUGUGAUCAUUGCCAUGAUGCUUCAAGUUCUGCAGCAGGCCACGGGUAUCAAUCCAAUCAUGAGCUAUGGUGGUCUCAUCUUCCAGGACAUCACCAAAGCCGGUAUCUACUCGGCUUUUUUCCUCUCUGGUGUCAACCUCCUCAGCACUAUCCCAUCCAUGCGGUGGGUGGAUACAACCGGACGUCGAAAGCUGCUGCUCAUUGGCGCUGUCGGUAUGGUAAUCGGCCACUUGUUCGCCGCCAUCUUGUUCACUGCUAUUUGUGACGGCAACGUCGACGAUGCCGGGUGCCCGACCGUAGGUGGGUGGUUCAUUUGCUUUGGCACGGCGUUUUUCGUGUUCAACUUUGCCAUCUCGUGGGGCCCCGUGUGCUGGAUCUAUCCGGCCGAGAUUUUCCCGUUAGGAGUUCGUGCUCCCGCUGUGGCUCUUUCCACGGGUGCCAACUGGGCCAUGGGCGCCGUCAUGUCCGAGGUCGUCAAGCUCUUCCCGCAUUUGAACAUCAACGGCGUCUUCUUUCUCUUUGCGGGUUUGUGCUGCAUCUGCGGCGUCUUCGUGUUCUUCUUCUGCCCCGAGACGAAGGGGAUGAUGCUCGAGGACAUUGAGGCGCUGUUCAACAGCAAACACGUGCAGAAGGUAUCUGCGUUUGAAGAGAUCAAGUCUCCGCAAGAGUCCAAAGCUUAG